CAAAUCUUUCCUGUUCUUCAUUUCUUAAUUAUAAUGUAAACUAUAGAUUUCUACAUUUUUCUUGCUUCAGAAACACAAGGCUUUUUUUUAACAUUUUCUUUCUGUUUUUUUCUUGGGAAUCUUUGCAGUGAUCAAUGACUUCAGAGCUCCUGGAAAUUCACCCUCAACAACUCAAUUUUACUUUUGAGUUAAAGAAACAGAGUUCAUGCUUGAUCCAAUUAACCAACAACACGGAUCAGUAUGUAGCCUUUAAGGUGAAGACUACUUCUCCUAAGAAGUACUGUGUGAGACCCAACACUGGCAUUGUUAAACCUAAAUCAACAUAUGAUUUUACAGGUACUUUUAACUUCACUCACCCGUUUAAUGUUUUUACUAUGCAAGCUCAGAGUGUUGCUCCACCUGACUUGAUGUGCAAAGACAAGUUUCUGAUUCAAAGUACAGUAAUUCCUCUCGGGACAGCUGAGGAAGACAUAUCCAACAUCUUUUCUAAAGAAAGUGGCAGGGACAUUGAAGAGAAGAAGCUGAAAGUAUUCCUUACAAGCCCACCACAGUCACCAGUUUUGACAGCAAUCAAUGGAGACCUCAAACAAGAAAUGGAUCAUGAAACUUCACCUCGAAAGGAUAAAGCUUGUCGUGGAGUAGAAAACAUACCUCCACCUCAGAAGGUUGCUGAGGAUUUGAAGGGGUUUGAGACUGCUAAGGAUGCACUGGAGUUAAGAUCAACUACGGAUGUUGAACGGUUUAAAACUUCCGUAGAUGACUCUAAAGAGCUAACUCCAGCUAGCAAUGUGCAGUCAAGUAUCCCCAAGGAUGUACAGGGACUGAAAUGUACAAAGGAAAUGAAGUUGGAUGACAAUUUUGAGAAGUUGAAGUCAAAGAUAAGUUUUAUGGAUUCAAAACUUAAAGAGGCUGAAGUUACCAUCGUGAAGCUGACACAGGAGAGGAGUAUGGCUGAUCAAGAGAAGGACAAGCUUCAGGGUGAAUUAGAGGCAUUGAAGACGAAUUCCGCUGCCGGAAAAACAAUUCAAGUUGGCUUUCCCUUCUUCUACGUAUGCGUGGUGGCCAUCAUGAGCCUGGUGAUCGGAUAUUUGAGCCAUCUUUAGGAGAAUUUCUUCACAUAUGAACGAGUGAAUAAUUACUUAAUUAGUGAUUGUUUAUGGUUAUGGUUGUGGAGGAUCUUUUAUCUGUUUACUAUGAUGUUCGAAAUUCCAACAUUAAUAAGUUUUUUUCCCCGCGAUGUAGAAACCUCUUAUUGUUUCUGUAAUUAAAU